CAGACAGCCGCCCGUUUGGAACGGAAAAGGAUAUUAUAUAUCAUAUUCCAAAAACUCGGGAUUGGGAUGAAAUAAUCGGUUAGUGGUUAGGGAAAAGGUUCAGGUGAGGUUAAGGUUAAGGUGUUCACGGAUUAUUACAAGGUGUUAGCCCCAGUGCUAACCCAGGCCGGAUUAACCUCCUAGGGGGACGGGAGUAAAAAAUUGUUGGUGGGCCCCUUUCCAUCCCCAUUUUACAUGGCAGUGUUAUUAUUUCCUCAGGCACAAAGAAACCUGCCAGUACGCAAGAGGCCACAUGGCAACUGAUUAAGUAUUUAUUUCCGCCCAUAACUUCGAAGGUAAAAUGGAGAGGGACCGCACCGGUGCUGCAGAUAUGACCGAGCCGGCUUCCCCUUUGAGGAAAAAUAUUAAUGAAGACACCUGCGCAGCUGAUAACCACACCUCCCGGUCUGAGACCUGUGGUGCUACUGAUGUCGCCCGAGCCAGGUGGACUCUGCUAAGACAGGUGUUGCGUCAGAAGCAGGUGGACAGUCCGGAGGUCAAACAGGUGUCUGUUCGCAGGUUCGCCACGUUUGACCUUUUCAGCAGGAAAAGGCUUAUGACACAAAACCCCAGUGAUACCUCCGACGACCAGUGGGUGGAGUACAGAAGUGUCUACUUUCCAGAGUACAGUGCCUUACUGAGGGAUAGUCUUGGACCCCUUCGAGUUAAUGAAGUGCUCAACAGUUUUGACAACACCGGUAAUGUCUGUGUGUGGCCUUCUGAAGAGGCGAUGGCUCAUUACUGUCUGCAGAAACAUCACAUGUUCAAGGGUGCAGUGUGUGAGUUAGGAGGAGGUAUGACUUGUCUUGCGGGGCUCAUGUUUCAGAAAACACACAGCUGCUUGAUGGAUUCUGGAGUCUACUUAACACUGCUGCCAAGUUUCCAGGCUGAACUCAUGAUACCAGUAUCCUGGGAGGCUUCAUGUCCUCAGUGGACAGCAACGGUUGCCAUUUGUGCUGACGUGAAGGAAGUUCUGCUAUCAGAUGGGAACGAGAAGUCCAUUCAGAAUGUUCGACGGCUGGUUGAGAGAAACCGGCAAGCUGGAAAGUUCGGGUCAACACAUGUAUCUGCCAGGGUAGUGAGGUGGGACUGUGAGUCGGACAUUUCAGCACUAGAGGGUCAUUUUGACAUCGUCAUGUGUGCAGACUGUUUGUUUCUCGACCAGUACAGAGCCAGCCUGGUUGAUGCUAUAAGGAGAUUACUGCAACCCAACGGCAUGGCGUUGGUGUUCGCUCCACUGAGAGGUGAAACUCUGAGACUGUUCUGUCAACUGGCCCAGCAGGCCAGACUCUGUGUCUCUCAACACCAGCAGUAUGACGCCCAGGUCUGGGAUGUUCACUUAAAGAUGCAGAGAGAGGGAAAAGAAGCGUACGAUGAGAACAUCCACUAUCCUCUCCUCAUCACCCUGACCAAAGGACCUCAACCCGCCAGUCACUCUCAGUAAACCAAAACAAGUGAGCCCUCAUCGGUGCACAGUACCACUCCAUACGCUUUUGAAUAUUUGAGAUGGAAUGAUGCUACAAAGUCAUGUCAACAGUGUGACCCACAUGUGAUCUGAGUGAGGAGGAAGACUUGCACUGAAAGAGCGGUAUUAAAAUACAGUAGUGUUACAUUUGUCCCAGUGUUUAAACAUAUUGAGAGCGAGAGAAAAUCAAGUUGUGUUCAUAUUUGAGACAUUUUUAUAUUUACAUUGGCCACUGAGGAUUAAUCACAAGAUGGUGCAGAGUUUUGGAUAAUAUUUGAGUGUGCAUGCUUUGUAGUUUGAAGUGCUGUUGAGUAACAACCUCGUUUCCAAAGCAGUAGGGAUACAUUUCCUGUGGCUGAGGAGACAGAAAAAGAGAGGUGGAUAUUUUCUUACCAAUUACGUUUUUAACCAUCUGCCAUAUGCUAACAUACUCCGUCCAUCCAGGAAAGGGAACCACAUUGCCGCAUUGUCAGGUAACCAGUUCAGUGCUCCAGUCAACAUCCAAGCCAACAAGCCAAUCAGUUGUUUAGUCAUUUAACUAGCUUUUCAUUCAGUCAAUGGACAUGGACAUUUCCUCAGUCAGUCCUACUGUAGGUGUCAGUUAUUCAGUCAGUUGGCCCUCUUUAACCAGUCACCAGCACGGCAGCCAGCUCUAAUUCAUGAACUGUCACAGAGUGUGGAGCACCUCACGUAUUCCUCAAUGCUUCCUUUAUUUCUCUUUGUUCCCUUCUUCUCCUGCUUUAAUGUCUUCAAAUGCAACUUUUUCCCCCAGUCAGAGUCAGUAUUAAGAACUUUUAUUUGUUCAUUAAUUACAACAGUGCAUUAACAAAGAGACUAAGGAGCAAUUGUUGUUGCCCAGGAGCUACAGCUUGCAAAGUACACGGCAAAAUUGCCAUGGAUACAAGUAGUCCACACUACAUCACAUUUUAAUUUAAAUUUGCACAGCUCUGUUGGAGUUACAAUCUCUUUUUGAACUAUCCAACAGAAACUUGUUCUGACUCUAUAAUUCCACCAACAUCACCUGCAACUCCUGCUCCACGCAUAGUUUAUUAAAAUGUUUGCUACACGCUGCUAAAAGCUCAGAGUCUGUAUCCACCUUCAGUAAGUGUGAGUGUGUGUAAAGAAAGACAGAGAGAGAGAAUACAUGCGCAUUAGUUGUGAUGACUCCUACUACUCACAUUUAUUGAAAAGUGACCACAACACUGUGGAAUAGAUUUUAAAAAAAUCUGUCUGACAUGCUUUACAUAGCAAGAUUUCUUUGCAUGUUUUGUUUUUCUUUUUUUCUUCAUUUUUUGUAAUGCAGCGCUUUCAAUGUUCUUUUACCCCCGAUGUCCACUGGCCCUGUGACCGAAGCAUCUCACUCAAAGUUCACGCGUGCCAGGUGUAUUUUCCGGGCUGCUAGCUGCAACAUUCACUUUUGAAUAUACGUAAAUGACUCAAUAUAUUGACAAUUGACAGGGAAGUUUCAAAUUUAUUGGUAUGUUCAUUUGUUAUUGAUUUAACCUUUACAUAUAUAUGGCUAAACUAUAUUUCUUACCUGUUUAUGUCACUUCUCUGAGAGCAGGAGAGAGAAUACUAUGGUUUUCUUUCUGCUAAUAUACAUCACACAUACAUAAAAAUCAGAUAGAAAGAUGGCAUACAGUAGCUAAAGUGCAGCCACAAAGUAUCUGUCACCAUUAUGAUAAUAAAUGAGCUGCAGACAUGUUUUCAGUGUGAAUGUAAAACACAAAAAAUGUCUGCAAAACAACUCGAAACGAACAGACAGCUUGAACAAGAACACAACACAGCCACAUCCAGUGGACAUCUGGGGUUUGAGUAUAAUCUCAAAUUGAUACUAUGUGUAACCAUAGUUCUUAUAAGUCCUACCAUCUCCUAAUAACCUCAAGAGGAAAAACUUUUACCUUUUUCAUGCCAGUUGCCCCUCAAUUUUCUGUUGGCAUUUUUUUUCUAUCUGCACAGUUUUACUCAGGUCAUGUCCUUUGCAUUCAGCUGUUUCUUCUUUCUUGUGGUAUUAAAAAAAAACACCAAGUGGCAGUUGGUCACUCAAGCCUAAGGUUGUACCUAUCACUAGUAAGCAGUUUCCAUUUUUCACUGUGAUCCACUGCUGUACACAACAGCCAAGAAGCUAUGCAGUAUCUCCCAGUGGCUGCUGUUUACAUUAUUCAUGCUACAAAAAUAAUCCACCUUCAGAAAUAAAAAGUAUUCCCUUCUCUGUGACUGCACUGAAAAGUAAAUUAAGCCAGUUUAUUAGUGGUCUCAAUGCUUUGAGGACUUAAAUUGCAUUGCAAAGGUUUAGAAGUGUACUUAAUUACAUUUUUAUCUGUAAUGCAGUUUGUUGUGUACCUUUGAUAUCUGUGGGCUAACACACUGUAUAAAUACCAUCCCAACUGUGACUGUGAGCAGUGACUUCAUCACUGUCUGGUGAGACAUCGCCAACACUAAAAGCGAUGUCACCUUAAAACACUUUGGCACCACUUUUUACUGUGACAUCUGUGCUGCGCUGCUGCUUCAUACAACAUCACUGCCUAUAUUAGUGACAAUAAUCCUCACCCGGUGCACCUGCGAGCUGUUGUGAUGUUCCGUUGUACCACGGUGAUGUCGUUACCUCUUGUUGUGUUAUAAGCGCUGUAUGCUAGGACACUCGAGCACUGUGACAUCAGUAGACGGACAAGAAGCCGCUGAUAGUCAGUGUUAUUCAGAGACGGUCGCGUGGUCUUUAUUUGGACUUUGGACUAAUAUUAAUAACAGGGAGAAAUCCAACAGUUGGAACAGAAAAGACCACAGAGGUGGAUCUUUGUUGCAGCAGAGAAUCACCCUGGGCAAACAUCAUACAGGGAUGCUCUGUUCCAACAGAUUUAUGACACUGUAUUGUGGGAUGUCUCAGCUAGGCUAUUGUUUUGAUUAUCAAACAGAAUUCAUUGAAUUGUUGGUUAUUUGCAGGCCAUGUCCACACAGAUCCAGAUCGAUUUUCAAAUUGGAUCUACUUUUCUUGGUUUUGGCCUUCUUUCCACAAUCCACCACCAAAAACUUCAAGAAAGUCCUCCAGUUUGGAUAAAGUUGAAGCUGCUUCUGUAGCAUUUUGCUGUGUAGGGACACCGGACAUUUUCAAAAACAUUUUUAUAUUUCUUCGGGCAUUUUGCCGGCAUGACAAAAGAAACAGAAAACCAUAGAUACUUCAAUGAAAUAUCUAGUUUAUCUACUUUAGUGUGGAUAUGGCCUUAUAUAGUAAGUUUCUUUGUUCAGUCUAUUAAAUUCCCUCUGCUUCACUGUAAUCAGUGGGUUCAAUUUUGUACUUUGCAGUUGAAGGC